CAGUGUUUGCCAUCCUCACCCAGAUCACUGCUCCCAGCUUGCUGCUCUGCAGCAUCCGGGACAGCAGCUCCAGCGGACCAACACACCAUGGAAAACCAGACCACGGACUGGUCACAGACCACUGAGUUUGACUAUGGCGAUUCAGCACCGUGCUCGGGAGCUGAGGAAAAGCACUUUGCAGCACAGCUGCUGCCGCCACUUUAUUCUCUGGUGGUGGUAUUUGGCCUCACAGGCAACCUGCUGGUUGUCCUUAUCCUGGUGAAAUACAAGAGGUUGAAGAGCAUGACUGACAUCUACCUGCUCAACCUGGCAGUUUCUGAUUUGCUCUUUGUGUUUUCCCUCCCUUUUUGGGCUUAUUAUGCUGCUCACGACUGGAUUUUUGGGGAUGUGCUGUGUAAAAUGCUCUCAGGUCUCUACCUGCUUGGCUUCUACAGCGGCAUCUUUUUCAUCAUCCUGCUGACCCUAGACAGGUACCUGGCCAUUGUGCACGCUGUGUUUGCUCUGAAGGCCAGGACAGUGACCUAUGGCAUCCUCACCAGUGCUGUCACCUGGGCUGUGGCUCUCUUUGCUUCUGUGCCCGGGGUAGUGUUCCACAGGUCUCAGAAGGAGCAGGCACAUUACACCUGCAGUGCUCAUUAUCCAAGCGAAGCCACAAUCAACUGGAAGCACUCCUACAUUUUAAAGAUGAACAUUCUGGGACUUAUUGUUCCGAUGCUCAUCAUGGUUUUUAGUUACUCACAAAUCCUAAGAACGUUACUGAGAUGCAGGAGUGAGAAAAAGCAGAAGGCAGUCAGGCUGAUUUUCAUGAUCAUGGUUUUUUACUUCAUCUUCUGGACACCAUUCCAUAUUUCUUCUUUUUUGCACACAUUUCAAAGUUCGUUUUUCCACCCAAGUUGUGAAAUCAAAGGUCAGCUGGAGAAAGCCAUCCAGGUGACAGAGACCAUCUCGAUGGUCCACUGCUGCAUCAACCCUGUAAUCUAUGCCUUCGCAGGGGAGAAGUUCAGGAAAUACCUUUCUGCCUUCUGCCGGCGGCACGUUGCAGCCUGCCUCUGCAGACAGUGUCCGGGCCUCUACGGCGAAAAGCUGGAGCGAGCCAGCUCCACCUGCACAGCCUCCAGUGCAGAGCACGACAUCUCCACCGGGCUGUAGCAAGCAGCCACACACUGCUCAGCAAGCGCUGCACGCCCGCUCUGCCUUGGGCACCGGCUGGCAUCGCUUAACAUCUCCGUGCCCACCACCACUGAAAGCUUCAAUUCCUGUGCUUAACUGUUCCCUGGGCUUACAGCAGCUGCCCUGCCUAAACCGAGAGGCUCAGUGAGCUCCCUAGGAAACACUGCCAGCAAGGCUGGAUCACAUCAGGAGCCGAGUGGGGACCAGAACAGUACGACUCUGUUUCUUCACCCUAAUCCCACCCAAAGCACAAGGGCCUGUGAGCCUGCGCUGGGGGAGCUGCAGCCCUGAGGCAGACACAUGGCAUCUCACAGAGCCACCUCCACCGGCUGGAGGCUCUGGGGAUCGAA